AUGGCGCGGCUGCAUCUGCCCUCGCUGCCCACGCUGCUCUGCUGCUCGGCCGCCAGCCUCCUGCUGCUGCUGCGGUGGCAGUGGCGAAGGAGGCUCUGGAAGAAGGUGAAGGAGGUUCAGCUGAAGCACGAGCGCGGCGUGGCACAGAUGGAGAAGAUUUGGCUGGGCUUUCGGAAGAAGCACCCCUCUGUGGACCCGGUCUCCAUCCUCUCCCUGUCCUUGCCGGAGCUCACCAGGAAACUCCGCAAUGGCUCUCUCCCUCCAGAGUACGUCUUCUGCGCCUACGUGGGCAAGGCCCUCCAAAUCACCAGAGAGACCAACUGCAUCACGGAAUACAUGUGGGAAAGUGAGACCAAGUUCCAGCAAGCAGUACGGCCAGAGAAGCCGGGUUUGCUCUUUGGGGUGCCCGUCAGCAUCAAGGACUCCAUCAACUGCCAGGGCUACGACUCCACCAUAGGGUUUGCGAGUAACAUCAAUAAGCCUGCAGCAGAGGACAGCGUGCUGGUGCAGGUGCUGAAGAGGCAGGGUGCAAUUCCCUUCGUGAAAACCAACGUCCCUCAGUCCCUCAUCAGCUAUGACUGCAAUAAUGUAAUCUUUGGCCAGACGCUCAAUCCUACGCUCUACACCAGAACUUCCGGAGGCUCCUCUGGUGGAGAAGGGGCACUCAUAGGAGGAGGUGGGUCCAUACUGGGCUUUGGGACAGACCUUGGAGGGAGUCUGCGUUUGCCUGCUGCCUUCUGUGGGAUCUGUGCGCUCAAACCCACCGGGAACAGACUCAGCAAGAGAGGCACCAUUUCUGGAAUCCCUGGGCAGAAGUCAGUGGUUGCAGCAGUGGGGCCGAUGGCAAAAAAGGUGGAGACCCUAGCGCUGGCUAUGCGAGCACUGCUGUGCGAAGACAUGUUCAACCUGGACAGCACAGUUCCCCCGCUUCCCUUCAACGAAGAGGUGUAUUCUAGCACAAAGCCGCUCCGCAUAGGCUACUAUGAAACCGAUUUCUUCACCAUGCCAAGCCCUUCCAUGAGACGUGCUGUUCGGGAGAUGAAGCAGCUUCUGGAGGAUGCUGGUCACACGCUGGUGCCCUUUGAACUCGAUAACAUCAACUACUACAUUUUUAACUUAUGUGUCCGAGGACUGUUUGCAGAUGGAGGCAGCUCAUUUUGUAAGAAAUUCAAAGGGGAGCUGGUCCAAGGCAACAUGGGACUGUUAUUGUGGAUGGCAAGGACACCCGACUGGCUAAAAACUGUCCUGUCCUGGAUUACCAAACCCUUUAUGCCCCGAUUUUCGAGUAUGUUAAGAAAUUCAAGAGUAAACACAGUGGAAGACCUCUGGAGUCUUCACUAUGAGAUUGAGGAGUCUUGCCACAAAUUCAUCGCCCAGUGGAAAAAGCUGAACUUGGAUGUCAUGCUCUGCCCCGUGCUGGGUCCUGCUCUUCCUGUCGGCUACCCGGGGAAACUUGCAGUGGCAACCAGCUACACCAUCCUGUAUAACUGCUUGGACUUCCCCGCCGGAGUCGUCCCCGUCACUACCGUGACAGAUGAGGAUGAGGAUGAAAUGGAGAACUACAAAGGGCACUACGGGGACCACUGGGACCGGAUCCUGGCGAAGGGCUUUAGCGGCAGCGUGGGGCUGCCCGUGGCCGUGCAGUGUGUGGCCCUGCCAUGGCAGGAGGAGCUCUGCCUCCGGUUCAUGCGUGAAGUGGAGAAGCUCGCCGAGGAGAAAAACAGAAUCGUCUGAGGCCCGUGCGCUCACCAGGAGCGGCACCUGAGUGGUGCUUACAAUGGCAGAAGCCAUCACUUAAUUAACUCAUAGGACUCUUUCUCACCCAUCAGGCUGCACUGGUGGCUGUGGUGGGUACAAGGGGAAACAGAGGCACCAUCCACUUGGUUGGAGUUUUUGCAACGAUUAUCCUAAUACAAUCUUUUUUACU